AUGCGUCAGCUUGGCCUGCGCGCAAAAGUUCUCGAAGCCGGCAGCGGUGUGGGUGGAACUUGGUACUGGAAUCGUUAUCCUGGCGCGCGUUUCGACUCAGAGAGUUAUUCAUAUAACUUCUCUUCAAAAUUUUCACAAGAGAUCCUUGACGAAUGGAGUUGGUCGGAGCAUUUUGCAUCUCAGCCUGAGACACUCCGAUACUGCGAAUUCAUUUGUGAUAAGUUCGAUCUCCGUCGAGACAUGCAAUUUGGUACCCGAGUUGCCGCGGCACAUUUCCAAGAUAACACAAAUUCCUGGCGACUCAUCGACGAAAAUGGUGGCCAGUAUACUUCAAGAUUCCUAAUUACCUGUAUUGGAAUUUUGAACAACUAUACCCUGCCCAAUAUUCCUGGAGUUUUGAAUUUCAAGGGAGAUUCAUUCCACACUGCCCGCUGGCCUCAUGAAGCCGUCAACUUCAAGGAUAAACGAGUCGGUGUCAUUGGCACUGGCGCAACAGGCAUACAAGCCAUACAGGAGAUUGCAAAGACAGCAGGUCAUCUUACUGUAUUUCAGCGUACUCCUAAUUGGAGUAUGCCCUUACGCAAUGAGCCAAUAACUCCUGACGAAAUGGAAGAGAUCCGGUCGCGUUACCCUGAAAUAUUUCAAACAUGCGCUCAGUCUUAUGCGGGCUUCAUGUAUAUAUCAGACAAACGACCUACACUCUCGCUGAGUCCAGAAGAACGCGAACAGUUCUGGGAGGAGCUUUAUGCAAAACGCGGAUUCUCGAAGUGGCUAAGCAAUUUUGCUGAUAUCAACACCAACAAGGAGGCCAACGCCCUCUUCAGUGAGUUUGUGGCAAACAAAAUUCGUGAACGCGUCAAGGAUCCCGUCACUGCGGAGACACUCAUUCCAAAAUGUCAUGGAUUUGGAACGAAGCGCGUGCCUAUGGAAUCAGGGUACUUCGAUACCUAUAACCAACCAAAUGUCAGACUUGUGGAUGUAAAAAAGAACCCAAUCGAAUGUGUGACGGAAACCGGCAUUCAAACUGGUGAUGAGAUGUUCGAACUUGAUAUCAUCGUUUUCGCAACCGGCUUCGAUGCUGUGACUGGUUCCUUUACAGCCAUGGACUUCCGAGGCGUGAAAGGGGUUAAGUUAUCAGAUCGGUGGGCGGAGGGACCAAGAACACACUUGGGUCUAUUUGUUGAAGGGUUUCCUAAUAUGACCAUGGUCAUGGGCCCGCAUCAAAUGUUCGGCAAUAUUCCACGCAGUAUCGAGUAUGCUGUUGGAUGGGUGGCUCGGUUCAUUGAAUUCUGUCGCGAUAACGGGAUCACUUUUGCAGGGACAAAUCGAGAGAACGUUGUGAAAUGGACAGAACAUGUACACAACUCUGCUAAUGGCCUCUUAGCUAAUGACGUGGACUCGUGGAUGACAGGAGUUAACAGAAAUCUUGCUCAUAAGCAGAAGAGAAUCAUUGCAAGGUAUCAAGGCUCGGCUCCAGGGUACAGGGAGAGGACGGAGGAUGUGGCUUCUAGGAACUACGUUGACUUGAUUCUGGCCUAA